ACUUACGCGAAAGCAACAGCCCCAAUAACGUGGCAAAACAAAAUCUUGACGAUGCAUAGCUUAGUGAAAAUUGUUUUCUUGUUAACAGUACUUGCCACAAUAGCAACAAUCGAAGUUUCGGGGUAUUUGCAAGCCUGGUGCACGAGACACGAAAGUAAUGGCGAAAUAAUCAAUUUUUGUUGUCCCGGUUUCAAACAUAACGGUGUCAAUUGCACAUUUCGCUGUCACAACGAGUGUGUCAAUGGUAGAUGUGUUGGACCACUCCUGUGCGAAUGUAAUGAAGGAUUUGCUAAACUGCAUGGGCACAGCUCGCCUUGUGAACCUAUUCCGGAUAACUUCACCAGCUCCACCCCACCAACAUGCGCUGAACGCUGCAGCAAUGGUACCUGUGUGGAAGAGUUGUGUAUUUGUGACCAAGGUUGGAUGUUGCAGAAACAAGACAAAGUAGACAUUUGUGUGCCCCAGUGUGGAGAACCCUCCGCCAAUGGUAGUCUCCGUUGUGUAAAUGGCUUUUGCAGUGCACCGGGUAUUUGCGCCUGCUACGAGGGCUUCGUGCCGCUGACUGAUAAUGAAUUCGAGUGUGUGCGUUCGGCCAAUCGGGGUCUCUGGAAACAACUGACGCAGGAAUUUUGGUAUUUAACUUUGGCGUGCAUAUUCCUGCAUAUUCCUGCUUAUUCUCAUAUUAUCACGACGAUUUGUACAACGUCCUUUUAGAAGCAUUUAAAACCUACAAACACUGGCAAGUGUGAAAUGUGCAGAAAUUCCUGAAAAAAAUACUACUAGGAGAAUAAAAGAAAUACUUUUUACUUAAUUUUUAAGACUAGAUUAAUAAUUCAUAACUAGAAUAUAGCAAAGCAAAGAUGGAUGUUUUA